UGUGUCACCCACUCUAGCUGAAGGACUUAUAAACUGACGUUUGAACACAUCGGACGUUUUUCAAGUGACCAUCUUGUAGAAUUUUAUGAAGGAUAGAGGGGCGAGAGACGUCGCUGAAAGGCACUGGACGCACUGGUCAGUUUUUAAUUAAGGUCAGAGAAGUUACAGCUGUUUACUCCCCCCUUGUCCCGUGACUGCCACUGCCAGUUCAGCAGAGGAUUUCUGAAAACAACAACCUCAAUAAUAGGUCAACUUUAGCAGACUCUAGUGAAUUUCUGAAAACAACAACCUCCAAAAAUAGGUCAAACCUCAGCAGAUUCCAGAAUUGGUUGGGGUAUAGGACGGACUACACCAGGGAUAUAUUGCCACCGAAAUCGUCUCCCAUGAGCCAGUGUAAGCCCGUGGAGAAGGCUGGGUAUCUGGAUGUCAAACAGCCGGCCAAGGGAAGAGGGAUUAGAAUUAAGGCGUGGAAAAGAAAAUGGCUGGUCCUCCAUCAGAUGAGCGAUCUUUCGGCCGGAAAAUUCCUGGCCCGACUCGAGAUUUUUCAAGACGAGGAGGGCAGCCGCAAAAGGCAGGCAGACAAGUUGACGAUGUACUUGGAAAACGUGUGUAGCAUUCAGAGAAUUAAGUCCAAGAGCCACUCGUACGCCUUUGAGAUACAGGAGGACGAGAGUGUGUUGUGUUUGGCCGGGGAGAGCGAGACCGAGGCCCAGGGAUGGAUAAGUGCCCUGAGGAAGAUCUUCUGGCCGGUGACAAUAAAUCCCUACGCUGUGCUGGCGAUACCAGAAAUAUUCGAAGUUUCUUUGAUCGAGAACUCGGACGCACAGCGGCUGUCAUUGUCUGGUCAUUAUUUUCUGACUGUGACCCCUCUCUCCGUGGCCCUACACAGUCCGAAAGAUGGCAGCACCAUACAGACUUGGAAGCUGGCCUGUCUGAAGAGGUUUUACAUGCCAAAUAAAUGCCACCCCGAAGAUUUCAACAAGAUUUUAGUGAUACAAGCUGGAGAGAAUUCCGCCACCGGCAUUGGAGAGUUUCACCUGUUCACUCCAGAAGCACAGUCCCUCCUUCAAACCAUCUUUUCCAACGUGAAUACCGCCAUCCAACAAAAGCGUAUGGGACAACUGCGACCAAGGACGGACACGGAUCCAGACAGUCUUGGACAUUUCACCACGUUGCUAAGCAACAGUCAACUGCCUUCUCAGGAUUCCCCGCCGUUGUCUCGGUCGAUCAUUCAGAGAAGUAGCACCUCGUCGAGUAUCAGCGACGUGCCGCCGCCUACUCCUCCAAGACCAAAGAAACUGACGUUUUCGACUGACAGAAAUUCUGCUCAUGUAGUGUCCUCGCCAGUGUCGAGGUCACCCCCUAGACCAUCAUUUCAAAUAUCACCAGAAGGGCAAUCACCCUCAACGAACUCUGUGACCUCCCCUCCGUUUCGAGUCGGCGAAUGCGAUGUUUCAGACGACGAGGACGAUGACUAUCAUCGUCUGGACUUUAAGGACAAGCCCAAAAAUAGCGGUCCCCCUACGCCGCCUAGACGACAGACGUUUUCCCAAAAUGGCAACCCUUCCCCCGUCCCUAUGUUACAACAUUCCAAAUCUGAUUGUGGGUUAGAAUUCAACGACGUCGCUGACGACGGCUACAGCCAUAUAAACCGUCAGAAAACGGACAGUCCACGGGCGCUCGUUUCGUCUUCCGAUAAACUUCGGGCCAUGUCGACAGGUUCCGCCGUUUCCCAGAGUUCCAACAGUUCCAAGGAUUCCGGUUUGUCAGGCCUCCGAACCCAAAUCUCUUCUGGAGACACUGACGCAGAAACCCGCAAAGAUUCUAAUUGUUCUUCUGGCGACAGUGCGUUCGGCUCAGUGUCAGCAUCAAAUGCAAUGGACAAUUUAGGAACGGACUUAAGCAGGAAAACGGACCUUCAUAGAAAAAUAUCCGUAGCAUCUGGUAUUUAUCACAGUAUCGAUGAUAAUGACACUGACGAUACAGUUUUUAGGGGCGAUGAUGGCCAACGCGGUAAUGACAGCAAUGUAUUAAACGUAGAGCCACAAAAUAUACCAACCUCGGUGAAUGAGGAUGAGGAAGAAGAAAAUGUAUAUGAGGAAUUAGACAGGUAUAAGAAAGACAUCUACAAAUAUCUUGGAAUUACUGACGCACCGUCUUCCGGGCCGCUCACGCCGCCGCCCCCAGCUCUUCCAGAACGGACCAAGUCCACCCCAAAUAGCCCAGACCCUGGGUCAGUAAGCAAGGGUACCCGGAGAAAGAAACGUUGGAAUCCAGCAAAGAAACUCGUUAAAAGAUUAAGCAAAACUGACGAUAAAUUGACCGACGAGUCGACAUCGUCGGAUGAAGAGGGAUUCAGAACUUUGGUCAAUCAGUCGGACGAGCGUGCGUUCCCUGUUCAGUACGGGCGCUCUUUAAGUCACAUGACAGACAACACGUUGUAUGCAGCCGUGUCGAAGACUGCGCCCGUGCACGUGCGCUCGCGGUCAAAUCCCGUGGCUCUGGAAACCAUACCAUCAGAAAACGCAACGCCAUCCGAGUCAUCAAAUGUAACGCCGUGUGCGUCAUCCGCAAAACUUUCAUCUAGUGCGAACUCGAGUGGUGAUUUGUUGAUUGACUUUAGUGAACCUGGAGAGAGUGUUCCGACCAGUUCAGCGUCAGUGGCUCCCCCUUUUAGUGGACUUGACUGGGGCUGGAGCAGCAGUAUCCCACAAUUCCAAACGCCCUCUCCAGCCUUGGAUCCGCGCGAUCCGUUUGACAGUAGUUGGGUGUCGGAGAAUAAUGACAGUUUUUCUUCUUUCGAUGCCAACUGGGCAGACUUUUCAAACGCUGGGUUCAAAGCGGCUGGGAAAACGUCUGGUGCUACGACGCAAUGGCUAAGCGCACCUAACGCAUUCAACUCAACUAGUGUGCUGACUGAAAGUGUUUCUGCCAUAACGUCGCAACUAACAUACUCAACAACUACAAACUGGGUUGCAUUUCCAGAAAUCGAAAGUGAAGCCAAAGAAACAGGGUCGAAACUUGCCGCAGAAAUGAUCGGCGAGGACCAUUACAUGGAUAUGUCGAAGAAGAAUGCUAUUUAUGUAGACAUGAAGUCGGUACCAUCGUCAGAGUUGCUGAAAUUUGACGAACAACUGUACUAACAGAAGCGGCGCAAUUUUGCGUGUAUUGUAGUAAUUUAAUCUUUUGGUGUCUCACGCCAAGGGCUGUUCGCAAAUGUGUACCGUCUUGUUGUUUUGUUAUAUAUUACUACAGAACAAUAAUUUGGAGCUGGUUUUGAAUUAGCCCAUGCUCUAUGUAUUAUAUCUGUUUUCACGUACUUGGUUGUCUUUAAAGUUGUUUAUCAUGGGUUGUAUUAUUCGAGACACUGUAUAUAGAUUUUUUACCUUUAGACUACCCAUUCUACUGUGAUAAUUAGUGAAACAAUAGACACUGCAAAGCUUAUUUGUGAUCUCUCUGUUUUAGCAAACUGGUCCUCUUGGGACUUUCUUUAAUUCUUUUUCCCAUAAGACACACUCCUUUCAGUUUCAUAUGACAUAACGUUUCCUAUCACUUUCAGUUAUUGUUGAAUCUGCACAUCAAUCAAAGCUUCCUUGUGUCAACCCAAUUUAUGUAGCUAUAUUCAAGGUCCCAAAGAUAACCAAAGAUGCCUAUUCAUUAUUUCAUACAAUUUAUUUCAUAUGUAAUAUAUAGGGUGUUACAGAAAUAAGUAUCAUACAUAAAGAAAAUACCCAGUUUUGCUGACAGAUUUUGGCGUCUAUAUUUAUGUACAGUGACGGGGAAAUUUUGUAAAUGAAGCAGUUAAAAUGCAAAAUCCCAUUGAAUCAUUUUUCAUGCUACAGAAUUAAUGCUUACUUUUGUCUGCUGUGAUUUUUAAGAGAUAUGCAUAUGAAAAUUAUAAAUAAAUAUGAUAUACUUGAA